AUGGCACAAAGAAUGAGUGUAACACAAAAUUCUGUCGAAACUUACACAAUCUACCCCACCACCAAUAAAUACAAUCGUCCACGUCCACCAUCGACAAUAGCACUUCAUGGCAUGGAUCUAAUCGGUGCUCCUAUAGACAUCCAUAACCACCGAUUCUACCACUGUCCACCAUCUCAUCUGAUAAGCACUACCACGGACUUAAUCGAUAAACUAAAAUCUUCUCUUGCCGAAGCACUCGAAUUGUAUCCACCAGUAGCAGGAACUUUGCAAACCAAUGAGGAAGGCGAGAUUUACAUCGAUAUGGAUGCGGAAAAUAGGUUGGGUACACCAUUCCUGGUCGAUAUGAAAGAUACACCGUAUGCUGGUGAUGCUGAAGAUCUAUCUCCUCGACUUUUCAUGUUGCUACCUCCAUCAACAAGUACAUUAGCAGUGAAAGUAACUCAGUUUUCCUGCGGAACGAUCGCCGUAGCAGCUUCUAUUAACCAUCUAGUUACUGAUCUACGUGGCUUUCUCGAUUUUCUUGAAGUCUGGGCUCAACUCACUCGAGGCGAAACCAUCGACUUUACAAAAAUUCCAGAAGAUUGGUCUCAUACUCCCGGUCGAUUUUUUUCUGAUCUGAUCCAAAAGUCAACAACACCGACACCUCCUCCAGGAUUCAUGGUUCUUCCUGCUCCGGCAUCCGGAUCAUCUUCAUAUUUAUUAGAAUCAUCAGAAGUUACAAGAUGGAAAUUUACCAAAAGUGCUCUUGAACGAUUAAAGAAUGAUUUCUCACCAUCUCACGAUUCUGAUCUAUGGAUUUCAUCGGGUGAUGCACUUGCUGCUCUUCUUGGUGGUGUCAUUACACGUGCUCGUGAAAAUGAAAAUGUGGCAAGAUUAGAUGGAAGAUCUAGUUUGGAAUCACAAAUUGAGACAUUUGCAAUGGCCGCUGAUGGCCGAGAUAGGGCUCCUCAAGGAAACAUGUCUGAUGGACGAUACUUUGGAAACUUCAACGCCCUUUUCAAUGCUGCCGUUUCUCGCUCCGAUUUAUUAUCUCUCACUUGUGAGUCGGCUUCUCGUGUUGCCCUGGCGGUUAGAAACGCUGUGAACCUUCAACUUUCACCAGAAGCUAUUGCUAACAGGAUUUCGUUUAUGGAAGCUCCCGAAAACACCAAACCUCCUGGUCGUAUUGCUUGGACAGCAGAUAUAAUAAUGACCAAUUGGUGUCGAUUUGAUUUACAAGGUCCAAAACUAGAUUUUGGUUGGGGAAAACCUUUUUAUGCAACUCCUGGUGGUGGUACUAUUUAUCCACCUGGAUAUAUUCUGUUGACGCAAGAGAAGAGUUCCGGAGAUAUUUCUAUUAUAAUGACAGUGGAACGGGAAGGUGCAAAUGGGGUGAAAGCUGACUUAUUGCUGAACAAGUAUGCAGAACUAGUCACACUUCCUUAG